UCAAAUCUGUCGUGAGUCGUGUCAUAUGUGCAACUCUUUACUCGAGCACUUCACUAUUCUCGCUCAUUCAAGUCGAGGAAAGAGGAGAGGGCGAACGUGUGUAAAUGUGACGUAAUGUGACUGAAGAUAAGGAAAUAACCAGAAAUCGAAUGAGAUAAGAAUUUAUCUCAGAAUUCUUAUAAGGAUAUAAAUUUAAGCAACAUCAUGAAGAUUUGGACGUCCGAACACACUUUUAAUCAUCCUUGGGAGACGGUCGCUCAGGCUGCAUGGCGAAAAUAUCCAAAUCCUAUGAAUCCAGCUGUCAUAGGUACGGAUGUCGUCGAAAGGAAAGUCGUUGAUGGAGUAUUACACACACAUAGACUUGUCAGUUCUAAGUGGUUUUUUCCACGAUGGGCACAAGCGCUUAUUGGAACAGCAAAAAUAUGUUAUGCUAGUGAAAAGUCUGAAGUGAACCCCACGGAUCGACAGAUGACACUAAAGACGACAAACUUAACGUUUUGUCGUUACAUAGCUGUUGAUGAAACCGUGAAAUACACUCCCCAUCCCUCUGACUCCUCAAAAACUCUUCUAAAACAGGAGGCUGUAGUAACAGUACAAGGUGUGCCUCUUAGCAACUAUAUGGAAGACUUAUUAACAAACAAAAUAUCUCUGAAUGCUGGCAAAGGUAGACAAGCUAUAGAAUGGGUUAUAGGCAAAUUGGACUCUGAAAUCAAGGAGUUAGCAAGUUCUGCAUGUAAAAGCACGGAUGAAUUAUUAACACAAACAAAGAAGUCAUUAGAUGAUAUAACAAUAACAGCAAGAAGGUCAAUGGACGAUAUAUCAUCUAAGGCCAAGAGUACUCUUGAUGAUAUAGAAAAAUUCACCAAAGCUAAUGCUAAUCAAAGAAGCUGAAAAGAAGAAUGAUGCAGCUAUGUCACACAAUGCAACCUGAACCUAAGGACAAAUGUAUGAUUAUGGUAUCAAUAGUUAAUGAUAAUUUAAUAUAUUUAUGUAUUAGAACUAAUUUAUGAAUUUUUCUAGCCCAAUCUGCAUAUUCUGUAUGGUUUAUGGGUCGAUUAUGUUUCUAAGUGUGAAUUUGUUAAGGCAUGGCUCUCUCCAGCAUUAGUUUCUGCACACCAACCUGAAAUAUAAACCUACACAUGACAAUGGAUGCAUUAUAUGUGGGUUUUACUGAUGGCAUGAAAUAAAAGGAUAUAACUAUUUUAUAUAAUUUUAUUUUUCGUAAAACACAUUAUGUACACAAACUAACUUUUGAAUAUUAUUGUCUAAGUCUAUGCUACAUUUUCUUCAAAAUUAAUGUAAUAUAUAUUUUGAAAUUUUCUGUAAAUUACCUUAUAUAGCAUUUAAGUAUUAAAUUGUAUGUAUUCACUAUUCAUAUUGUGUACUGAUUUGAAAUUGUGAGCACUUAGUAUAAAUUGUUUCAAUAAUUAUUGGCAAAAGUAGAUUCUAAUGGUUAUCCCUUAUCACAAGUAAAAUGAGCUGUUUGCAGAUACCAUAUCUUCAAUCAAAUUUAUUUUUGGAAUUAUAUACCAGAGAAGUUGGCACUUGGUUUGAGUUAUGUGAAUGUAAAUGGCGAAAAAUAAUUGUCCCAAUAUUUUGAAUAUUGUACCUAUUUUUUUGUUAAUAUUUCUGUAAUACUUCAGCAUUUAAGUGGUAAGGGCUAUAGGUAUUUUAUGAACCUUAUUUGAUGUUAUAGUGUGAAUAGAAAAUGAAUGUGAUAAAGGGUAAUUUAUAAAAAAUAUAUUGGAUUGUAUUUUAAUUUUAAUCAAAGCAGACUUGUUAACUUAUUGAUAACAACUGGGCAGAAGUUUUAGUUUCUCAUUCCACAAAUUACAUUUCAUACAGUUUACAAUAAAUUUUUGUUGAUGCAAAA